AUGAGGCGUUCUGCUCACAUUUUGAACUUGGUGGUAAAUGAGGGUUUGAAAGAUAAACAUUUAUCUGUUACUAGUGUUAGGGAUGUUGUUGGAUUUGUUAAGUCCUUACCUCAUAGGGUAGCCAAUUUUAAAGAAUGCAUUGAAUUUGCUGGGAUAACUUGCAAAAAAUUAGUAUGUCUUGAUGUUUCAACUUGUUGGAACGCGACAUAUUUAAUGCUAGAGGCUGCAGAGAAGUUUCAACUCUCUUUUGAAAAGCUUGAGGAUGAAGAGUCGAGUUAUAGGGAGUUCUUUGGAAAAGGUAAUCCCCCUAGUAGUGAUGAUUGGGACACUGCUAGGGCUUUUGAUGCUUUUCUAAAGUUAUUCUACGAAGCAACUAAUAUUUUUUCCACCUCUCAAAGUGUGAGUCUGCAUAAUUUAGUUAGUUUAAUAUUUGUAGUUUUGAUUUGCAACUUUGUGUCAACUGAAAAUUUCAAAACAUGUCUUUUUGAAUGGCAAUUUACUGUCUGA